AUGGCGGCAAAUGCAAGACCCGUCUUGCAAUCGGAGAUCGGAGCCGAUGGCCUCCCUCGAGAAAAUCCUGUCAUUGCCUACACCGAGAAGAUCAUCGAGGAAGAACAACUUCAGUUGCAAAAAUAUAUUCAAGAAAACUAUUCCAAGAUUCGUGAUGUUGAACGUGAAUUGGCAAAUCUUUCCAUGGAAAUGAAACUUACAUCUGGGCCGAAGAAAGCAGCUCUCGAGCACAUGAGAAAGAAAAUAGAAAUGUCGAAUGAGAGAGUUCGUGUUGCUAAACUAAAAGAGGAACAAGCAAAGAAGGCAUGGGAAGAAGCAUCAAAGGCCGUAAAAGAUGAAGAAGCGAUCAAGCAGAAGCUCUGUGAAGACUUGAAUAAUUUGGUACAAGAGAGUAGCAACACUCAAUUGGCUAGACUGGAGGAACUAAAAAGACGGCUCGAGGCUCUAAAUCCUAGCAGAUCAUCGACAUUUGUCCCAAAUGAUACGAGUCCAGGGGUCGCUUUGCAGAAUAAUUCAAUUCAAGACAGUGCCUCAGGUUUUGUUAGCGUGGAAUUAACUAGUGGACCUACUGGAAAAGUAGCCAAUCAAGGGAAUGCUGGAAAUACUUCAACCAUGAAUGGAAACCCAGUGCCUCAAGAAAAUGAAGCAAAGGGAAAGAAGAAAGGUAUUGUUCAAGGGAGGGGAAGAGGAAUUGGUGCAGUACCUAAAGGCAGAGGUUCUGCAACACCUGGGUGGACUGGGGCUGGUUUUGAGUCUUGA